GAGAUACCACAUCGUGGCAGAAACAGACGUCAAUUAAGAAAUACAUUUUUAGUGUUUUAUUUUAUAUUUAAACUUUGCAAGUUGAACCAAAAUGGGCUGGGAAAGAUCAAAAGAAGGCUACCCCAGAAUCUGGUCGGAGUUCACAUGCGAGAAGACGAAACAGAGGUUCAUAAUAAAGGACCUCUCAGAAGAGUAUUACGACAUAGCGCUUGGCUACAUGACGAAUAUAUUCCUCAACGAAUCUGCUAUAUGCAAGCCUUUAAGAAUCCUCGAGGACCCAGUAUCUCGUCUCCAGAUGCAGCAAAAGUGGAUGAAGAUCAUGCGAUCCAACAUGGCUAUCAUUUGCUGCACUGACGACGAUGAGGUGCCCAGGGUCGCGGCUAUACACUUCACGGUUGUACGAGAAAAGGGGCAAGAACAGCCUAGCCAAGACCCCUCAAGAUUGAAUAAGUACGAGCAGUUCACAGAAGUGGUGGAACAGCUGACUGUCUCAGGAGACCUCUUCACCAGGUUCGAUUCCGGCGCGUACCUGUUUUCACUGGGGCUCUUCGUGUUACCAGAAUUCCGGGGGCUUGGAAUUGCUACACACAUACUUAAGUCUAGGUUAACAAUAUGCAGAGCCCUAGGGCUCCGCGGGACUGGGAACGUGUUCUCGACACCGGGGGCGCAGGCCGCGGCGCGCUCCGCCGGCUACCAAGAGGUCGUCGCAAGGGUGUACGAGGGACAGAGACUGGCUUUGAUGGCCGCUAGUGUUCAGUGAUUAAUAGUUAUUUUCCCCUCACUAGCUCGGAAACACGUGUUUGUCCUUUAAUACCAGCGGGUAAAAACGCAUUUUAUCCACUAGUGGGUAAAGUAAUUUGACCUUGAAUAAAGUCAAAUU